CCCUCUUGGGUUGUUUGCGCCGGGGUUUGUGAAAGCACGGAGUGCUGCGAUGAACCUCCACACUAUCUACUCUGCCCACUCAGCCACCGAAACAACGACCAGCGUUUCACUCUGAAGCAAACUCUGGACACCACUCUUUUACUCGCUUCCUUUCACUGAGAACUUCAAGGGACUCCACAGCACAUUUUGAAAAAGGAGUAGUGGCAGCAGGAACAUCGUCUUCUUCAUUUGAGGAACAGAACACGGUGUGAUCUCCUCAUACUUGAAUUCAGUGUGUGCACCAUGGCGUCUAAACCUCACCCUCCUCUGAUGAAGAAGCACAGUCAGACAGACUUAAUAAGCCGUCUGAAGAGCCGGAAGAUCCUUGGGGUCGGUGGUGAGGAUGAUGAUGGCGAAGUGCAUCGCUCAAAGAUCAGUCAGAUGCUCGGAAACGAGAUGAAGUUUGCAGUGCGAGAACCUAUCGGGCUGAGGGUGUGGAUACUCAUCUCAGCAGUGGGGUUUACAGUUAUGGCCCUGAUGGCCCUGGUGUUUCCUAACCAGCUAUAUGAGGUUGUUUUUGAAGAUGAGCUCCCCACGACUAGCAUCUCUGUUCGCCUUUAUGGAGGAGCGCUGCUUAGCCUGGCCCUCAUCAUGUGGAAUGGUCUAUACACAGCAGAGAAGAUCAUCAUCCAGUGGACUCUGCUCAGUGAAGCCUGCUACUUUGCUGUCCAGUUUCUAGUGACAUCCAUCACCUUAAUGGAGAUCGGGAUUCUGCCCAGUGCUGCAAUGAUCCUGCUCCUCAGUCGAGUGCUCUUCUUGGCGGUCACUAUGGCUUACUACUACCACCUGGGCCGUAAGCCAAAGAAAAUCUGAACUGCAUGUAUGAUACUUACAGGGAGGGGACAGCUGAGCACAGAUCACAAACGUGGGGUCAAGAAGGGUUGGAUUAUUAUUUGAUUAGGGCUUGGAGCAUUACUUUGCCAGCUGAUGCCCCCUGCCCUUUUCCAUGGGACCUAACCUAUUGCAACCCCUAGUAUUCAACAGACAAGCACAGUCUCACAUUCCAGACUCUACAACACGAAUGAGAAACCUCAUGGUGAAAGUGAAUUAAUCUUUCACUGGGCUGUGAGGUCAAGCCCCUCUUGACACACAUUCCUCCUUUUGUGCAGUUCUGAGUGCUGUUAUUAUAAAGAAGGAGCUAGCAGUAUGUAGUACAUUGCGUUCUUGUGUCACCUAUUUCUAUGAUUUCAUAUGUACAGUAUGGCAUAAUUUCAAACAUCUGACUAUGUUGUUAAUGUACAGCUACAUGAUUUCCAGAUUCAGUAUUUAGUAUUAUCUGUUUGACAGAAAGUUGCAUCUUGACACUGCUUCUUAAUCACACUCAAGGACCAAGAGUUUGUGCUUUAAUUUGUUUCCUGUUUGAUGUUAAUUCAAACUGUAUGUAUGUUGACGUGAAACCUGGAUAUCUGUGCUCUUGCAUGCCUCUCCAGUGAACACAUUGAAUGGAAAAAAGCAUCAGCUGUACUUAGUGUAAGAUUCAGGUCCAGUCAGAUAAGUUUAAUGCUGGAUGAGUGACAGUAAACAUUUUGUUACACUGCUGAUAGCUCUCCUGGUCAACACACUGAGGAAAGUCCUCAUGGUCAGUUUAUACUCUCAAUCAUGCCCGUCAAUCAUAUUCAGAUUUAGACUACCCAAAAAGAAAUGCUGAAUCGAAACAUUUUUUCAGGGACAUAGUGACUUUUUUAUUCCUUGAGGUAUCAGUCAUGAGGUUCUACCAAAGUGAAUAGGAUUUUUUUUUGUACAGAUUAUUUACAUUUCUGAGAUUAAUACAUGGAAUGUUGAUGAAUGCACAUGUGAACUGACUCAUAAAAGAGUCAUUCUCUUAUUGUUCUCUCUCUCCCAGCCUGAGUGAUCUUACAGGAAGUAUUUAACAUUCUGACCUUUACUGUAAAGCUAAUGUCACAAGCCGAGCAUGUCCGUGUGCGGGGUAAACAAACCUGUCCUGGUUCCUCUUUAGUGAUGUAGCACAGUUUUUUUUACAUACAUCAUAUCCUUAGUCUUGCCUUAAAACUACUUAAAAGUAAAACAGUCAUCUACACUGCAUCCAACUUCUUGUAUAUAUGUAAAUAAAAUUAUUUACUAUGAUGUGGUGUUCUUGUGAACCAAACACGGAACUUGUUCAGUAUUAGUUAAAUGAUUUUCAAAGGCUGAUCUUUUCUCUUGGCGUGUCUUGUUUUGUACCUAUUUAAGUGACAUUUGUGCUUUGACGUCAUGCAUGCAAUAUAAUCCACCAAAAGAAAAUGGCUCAAACUGUGUAGCAAGCUGCCACAGCUGAUAAAUAAAGGUGAUAAUGGGGGUGAAUGGAUGCAUUAGCCAAAAAUGACAUGAAGCCUGUAUAAGGUAAUUAAACUCUGCGCUUUAAAACAUACACAUAACCCAACACUUAACAGUUUUCACCCAAUUAAUUUUAUCAAAACAUUUUCUACCUCCCAAAACUUGGCUGCCCUCAGGUACGUGACACCCCAGUUCAGUUUUAGAGCCGUGCCAGCAAUGCUAACUCUGAUCUCUGCUGCUCAUACUCUUCAGCACCUAAGGCCAGUCAAAAAGACAGUCUAAAAAUAGUUGACUCUUUUUGUAAAUUUAACUUGAAACAUAAUUUUGAGUCAAACAAGGAGCAUACUGUAGGUCUCCUCCAAAGGUGGUCCACAUUGUUGCAAAUAACCAUGUUGAGUCCUGCCCUAGAAGGGAGUGGUCCUGAGGUCACAGUGAUUGUGGGUUUGCAGUUGCAAGUCCAGCGCUGAAGGCAGAUGUGCUUGUUACUUGGGUGAGCUUUUGGUUCAGAUAGGGGACGUGAAACAUGGGUGAGGUCUCCCAUAUCCUCAAAAGUUGUAAUUAUCCUUUUCCUAGUGUUUAAUUAGAUGCAACUCUCCUGAGUGACAUUGUGCACCCCAUCCUACUGCUCUGUCCUGACUGGCAUGGUAAUUACGGAGUUCAAAAAAAAUUUCUUUCCAUUUCCGUCGAUACUACAGGCCUCAAAUCAUCAACCCAGUGAAAUGUUCAAAGGUCUGUGAGGCAGGUUAUUUUAGGAGAGAUUGGCAGUUUCAGGGGGAUGGGCAGCGGGAGGGAGGCAAAGAAAUGGCUCUUUCAUCCUCCUGGUUCUCUGACGUAAAUUAGUCCAGAUAUUACAUUGGUAGGUUGUGUCCUUGAAAUCUUAGAGGAAUGGUAAGUUUAGCUGUUCAUUCCCUCUGAUGUAGAUCCAACAUAUAUUGUACUGUUGUGACUAGCAUACCAGGUCAAACUGUUUCAAGUUGUAGCAUUGUGUUUUUAUGUAUAUAUGUGCUAUACUGUACCUUUAAAAAUGAAUUGUUAUGGAUUUCCACCAUUUAGUUUGAAAUAAAAACACUUGUUUAUUUUGAAGACUUCAAAA